AUGGGUAUAUCGGGCAGAUCGCAAACAUACAUUGACAUUGAUCUUCACAACAAUCGAUUUUACUUUCCAGGAGACAUCGUUCGAGGCGAAGUGAUACUUGAUCUUGCAAAACCCACAAAAACACAGCACAUCAAACUUGCUUUAACUGGCGAUGUUCAAGCAGAUAGCAAUUCGGUCAAACUAUUUACAAAAACAAUACUUUUGGCCGAGGCUCCCGACAAUAAAAAGACGUAUAUUUUACCAGCCAAGCUCCAUAAAUUCCCAUUUGAAAUACAGAUACCCACAAAACAAGAAUGCGAUCUUCCAAGUAGUGCAGAGACAUUGAAACACGGUACUAUUCGGUACUACUUAUUAGCUACACACAACAAGGCAGCCCUUUUUGGUGCACUGUCUUUACAAACAAAAAGGAGCUUAGCAAUCCUUGAACACAUUGAUGUCAGUUUGCCGCAUUACAACAAAACAGCAGAGGUGACCGCAAUAUUGUCCCCAGCUACUACUAUCCAUGACCACAAAGUCCAUAUGAAAGCAAGUAUUCCAAAAACAGCUAUAGUUCGAGGUGAUAUUCUACCUGUGACCAUCGAAAUUAAACACUUUUGUGUUAUGAGUCGAAAAUCGGCAAUCAAAGUACAGUUAAUACGUCGUCUUCACUAUGGAAAGACCAAAGGAAAUAUCCUCGAACAAAUUAGCAUAAAAACUAAUCUCUUGAACAUCAACAUUAAAAAUCCCGCCAACUUCUCCCAAGUAUGCCUAGCAAACAUAUUCAUACCUACCAAAACCCCCCCUACCAUAGAUCGUUGUGGUAGAUUAAUAAGUGUUGAAUAUUUCAUUCGGAUCAUUGUUAAUAUGAAUGAAAGAACAAUCCAGCCAGACAAUCCUAAACUCUUUGUUUUUAUGGAACUGCCGGUACUAAUCGGCACAUUUCCAAGACCAGAACUUUUUAUUGACGGUGAAGAUGACUACGAUGAAGAACAAGAAGCGCUAGAACAGGCAGAGGAAAAGAAACGAUGCCAAAGCAAAGAGAGUAGUAACCUUAAUCUCUCACAGUUUGGGAUCUCAUCUCCUACAUUAACAGAGUUUCUUAAAGACGAAAAAUCCAAUAUACCCCAUCCACAUGAAGAGACAUUUUGUGUGGAUAUACCGUCAGAAGGAGCCAACCGAAAUCCCAUAUCACCCACUCGAACCCUUACUCGCUGUCCAGACAUACAUCGGUCUUCAAUACCAAUAGCCUUGUCAAUCGCAAUGAGCCAUAGAAACUCAAGUGUAUCUGAUACUAGUACCAUUGUAGAUAAUUUAACAACGUCCAUAAUACGUCACGGCACCCAACGUUCCUCCAGAUCCUUUGAUAGCAGAUUUUCUGAAAGUACUCAAGGGUCAAUUUCUACCCUUCAAGGAGAUAUAAAACAGCCAACAAAAGACUAA